CUUUUUUUUUUCUUCUGGCUCGGAUCACUUCCUGAGGUCGAUGUCCCCCCCGAGGAGGACGGUGUGUGUGCCUGAGAAGCGUCAGACAUUUUCUGCCUGCUGGAAGUUGUUGUGUGCGGGAUCUGGGUGCGGUGCUUGGAGGGAUUUACCAUAUGGAUUCCACGAUGGCAGACGACUUCAUAAGUCACCACCGGUCUUCAUCAUAACUUUCUCAUUGAUUUUAUAAAGCAUGUUGAUGUCAGAGGACUCUGAUAUGAUCCUAUUGAACAAUGCAGCACAGUAUAAUGCAUGGAAAGGACAGCUGUAUAUCCAUGAACAGUUGGUUUGCAAUAUUGCAUUACACACAACAAGUGCUUGCGGCAUUCCAGCUCAACUGCCACAAAAACUAGAGUUGAAAGAAGUAAUCCAGUUGUCUGAAAUAAGAACAAAAUUACCAGAAGACGUAUUCCAGAAGACAGAUUUUACAGGUCAAGAAGUAUCCUGUGGGAAUAUCUACUACAGUUUUUAUCCAGUAAUAGCAACAGAUAUAGUUGGGUCUGAACUUGAAAAGUUGCUGAAGUGCUUAAAAGAUCAGGAUUUGGCUCUUAUCAAAGUAUUAAAUGACCAAGGCUUCCUUGUAUUGGUUAGCUCCGCUGUAUUUCAGAACAGCACAGGUAUCUAUGAUGGAAACUCAGCUCAACUCAAUGCCUUGUUUUUAUUUCCUCACCAGAAAGUUUUGGAUAAAAAAGAGAGAGAAGAGUGGGAGGACAAGUUCAUCAGAAAGGAGCUUCCACUGACCAUAUCAAACCUUUUGCCUGGUCUUCACUACGCCAUUAUAGAGUCAUGCAAGUUACAGAAGGACAAAGCCCUUUACCCUGGUCCUUUGGUGGAACAGUAUUUUAGGAAAUAUGCAGUACUUCAAAGCAAAAAAGACAGUUUAUCAGAGAGAAAGCCUGAGCAAAAGGAACCUCUGUCUAUAUGUCAUAGUCAUACUGAUGACCUCCCUAAAAAAUGCAGUCAAUUGGCAUUUUCUUGUCUACAGUUGUAUGUCUCCUCACCUGUAAAUUUUAGUGUCCCAUUAAUAAAAAUGUCCAACAUUUUUGCGGAAAAUAUUGCCCUAUCUAGUAACAGUGACCAGUGCAGCAAAACUUUAGGAAACUUAAUAAAGCAGGACAGUCCAUCUAAGCGGCAGAGGACAACCGGAUCGAAGGCGGUCAGUGACCAGCUACAAGAAAGACCUGCUACCAGUCAGGACAAACAACCACCUAAAAAGAACACCAAAAGGAAAAGUGUUAAAAGAAGAGGAAAGAAAGGCAAAAAGAAGCCUGAUCAGCGAUCUACCCUGACCACUGCUGAGGCUGGGGAGAAUCAGACUACAAAUAAAAGAAGGCGGCUUGUCUCUGAGGGCAAGGAACAGAAAAGUGAAGCUACUAUAAAACUUGUUAGUGCUCCAUAUCCACAAAGGAGAAAACGAGGAGCUGAAGUUUUAACAGCUGCUUUUAUACAGGAUGAAAGAAUCCAACCAACUGAAAAGAUUGCUUUAAGCAAACCAAAUGAAGAGAACAAUGAUCUCUCGAAAAAAGCAAUAACAAGAAAACCAAGAAAAACCUUGCCACCUGAAGAGCACCUUCUUUUUCCUAACAGGUCUUCAAAACGUAAAGCAUCUAAACCAGGCAAUAAGAAUAUCUCAGCAGGGGUUGUCAACAAGCCUGAAGUCUUGAGAAGGACAAGUGAGAGAAAUAGUGGAAAGACAGUAAAAACCUUUAAAAGGAGUCAAGAGAAAAUACAAAAUAGUACAGUUGUGCAGACCAACCCAUUAAGCAAAUCUAGUGAUAACCUAAGAUAUGCCAAGAAAUCUCCUCUUUCUGCACAGAUUUCUGGGGACUCUAUGAUAGAGAAAAGAAUAAGCAUGUAUGAGUCUCAUGCCCUUAACUUACUGGCUGACUUGGCCCUAAACUCUUUUGGUUCAACAAGCAUUCCUUACCUAAAAACCGGGAACAUGGCAUCUGCAAAUGAAUCAUUGGUUGAGGAAGCAGCAUGUACAGGUGACACAGUAAGUACUGUAGAGCAUUCACAAGACUGUAGCCUUCCUACUCAGUCUAAUCUGGCAUCCUCAGAGCCUGAACCUGUAUUGGAAAGUGAAAGUCAUAAGCCUAAGACUUCUUCAAAUGUGUCUCCUCGAAACAUAGCAUCACAGAAACGUAUGGAAAUCGGUGAAAAACAAUUAUCGCAAAAGGCUCACAUUGCUGCGGCCAAGGCUAAAGCACGGUUUAAUGCCACAAGUAAAAUUUGCUUAGAGCAUUCUUAUUCUCAGCUUCCAAUAGAAGAUAUUCCAGCUAAAUCUACAAAGGAAGCAAAUGAACAACCCAUUCAAGUUGCCCCUGAUACUACUACGCCGCCUGAGGUAGUACCUGAGCCGUCAACAAAUGGUCUUUCAGGAGACCCUGCAUUAUUGGGUGGUGAAAGUGUGUGCCCGGCCACUGAUAAGAAACAGAGGGAAGUAUCAAAGUUCCAGGACAAGUUUGCUGUAACUUUUCACUGGGAACCAGUGUAUGAUUUUGAUCUCGACAGCAAAUUCACCAGUGAUCCUUUAGAAAAAACAGUAAAUCGAGCGCUACAUGGACCAUGGAAUCCAAAUUUAAAAGAGAAACUAGAAGAUGUGAAAAUCAUCCUGCACAUGUGGAUAGCUCUGUUCUACAGCAAAUGUAACAAACAGAUAAACUGCAGUUCACGCAAAGUGGUGGAACACAGCAAUCCUGCAAAAUACGUUUCUAUCAACACUGUGCUUGACCCCUUUGAAUUUUAUGAAAUCAUGGAGUCUGAUGGUGCCCCCUCUGCAGAGAACACCAAUGCAAUUAUCUCCAUUGGAAAAAUGUCAGAAGCUCCGCUUGAUUCAGACUUAUCUUGCAAAUCAGGCAAAAGUAGGAAUAAGAAUCUUCAAGAUUUAAACAUUCCUUCUAGCAUUCCAACAAAGGAUUAUAAUAUAAAAUUGGCAAGUGAGAUCUUCCAAGUGUGUAAGGACAGUGAGAGUGCAUUUUACAGUGAUAGUCUUCAAACAAGUAUGACCUGCAGAAUGGCACCAACAAGUCAAGGUGCCCAGAUACCUGCAAAUAUAAUGAACAUUAUCUAUGGUACCAAUGUUCCAACUGUGUGUUACAUCGGUGACACCAACCUGUUUAACACUGAACAAAAAGAUAAAUCAGAGAAUUGCAUAAACAUUGGUGGUUUUUCUUCUGAAAAGGUAAGAUCUAAAGAAAUUGAACAUAAAUAUUCCAGAGAUUUCUCCAGCGUGAAUGAAAUACAGAAGUCAGCUGACUCUCAAAUAAAAAGCAGUGAUGUUGAUAAAAAGGAGGAGAGUGUUAAAGUAGGUGACAAAGCUCGUUCUGGAUAUACAAGGCUCACAUACAGUGACAUGAUAAAUAUUUGCAAUUUAAAAAUGACACCUAAUAUUGGAGGUUGUAAAACUACUUCCAAGCUAGAAUUUGCUGGCAAGAUAGUGGAAUAUCCUUGUGCUGAAAGUACAACGCAUUCUGACAUAAACAAGGACAGUGCAAAUGAGGAUCUGCCAUCUGUAGACCUCUCUAAAAAGGAUGAAAACUCAAAGGAUUUAGAUAAAGAUGAGCUUCCUGUUCACACUUCGAGCCAAUUGGAUGCCAGGAUGCAUCGAGGUGAUGACAAUCACAGAACUGCUGAAGGCCAGGAUCUAGUACAAGCCUCUGCCCUGCUGCCGCAGGAAGUACAUGACAGCUCGGGUAGUGAUGAAAGUGAUGGUUCUCCUGAUGAUACACUACAGAAUUCAGAAGACAGUCAGAUGGCCAUAACAAGUCGGUUCAGUGCCUUGGGGCUUAAUAGUCCAUUCCGUCAUAGUGAUGUCAGCACUGAACUUUGUAUGGAUAAGAGCUCAAACAUGGUGGAUCCUUUGUUGAAUGAAGAGGCACCAAAGUGUGAUAGAGAUUCUUCUGGGAUUUGGCGUGCUGACACAGACAACCUUCCGACUGCUGGAAGUCCUGACACAAAUGUUCACUCCACGUCAAUACCAAGUGAAGACUUCACAAACAGCACUAGUAGUCUAGGACCACAGAAAACUGAGAUGGAAGGACUUGAGUUUUGUAAAAAUCCAGAUAUUUUGAAGAAUGUGGUUUCCAACAUGAGUGUGGACUAUGAUAGUAUUUGUACUAUGGAAGGUAAAACAGACUCUGCUUGGGACAGUGCUGGAUUUAAAGAAAGACAGGAGAAAGCAGUGGAAGACAUCCCAGAUAAAUUAGGGGAUCUGGUGGAACCAGAGAAUACACAGAAGCUUAAUGAAAAUGUUUUAAUAGGGAUAAGUGCUACUGACCUCAUGAGCAGACUCGAGUUAAGCUUCAGCUCCGACGAGUCGUCCGAUGUGGAAUGUACUACUAAAAGUUACGUUACUGAUCAUAUGAAAUCUGGUGAACAGCAGACAAUCUCUAAAUCAUCAAAAGAUUCCUCUGAGAAAACUGUAGGGCAUGAAGAGCUUAGUACUGCGGAGAAUGAAAUCAGUACUUCAGGAGAAGACGCCAUGCCUGCAGGCUGUAUGGACAAUUCUCUUCUUCCUGAAAAGGAAACCGAUGUAAAUGAGGCUAGUCAUACCUCAGAAGCCAGCACGGUGGAUAAAGCCAAGAUGGAAGUCCCAGAGAAGCAAUCCCUACCCCUGAACAUUGCCCAGUCGUGCCUCAGUGGUGAUGAUGCUGAUUUUCCCUAUGUAGCAGCCACAGAUGAGGGAACUAAAGAGCCAGAACCAUCAAACCAUGAUGGCAUCCUGAAUUCUGAGGGAAGUCUACCUGAAGCUUCUAAAAAAGCGUUUCCUUGUACUGAAGAGAAGCCAGAUUCACAUAAUGCAGUGACUUCUGCAGAGAAAUCUCACAAUGGAACCUGUUUCGAUGAUCUCUCAUCACCUGGUGCUGACAAGAAUGUAAUGGAUGGAGUUCCAAGCACUUCUUUUCUUGGAGACCUGGAUAUGGAUGUCAGCAUUGAAAAGCAUAAAGAGCAUGCUGAAGAGGAAAAGAUAGCUGAAAGCCAAAAUCACCCGCUUAUAUCUCUGGCACCAUCUGAAGGAGAAAUGAUCACAGAUAUCAUACAUUCUAUGGAGCCUGUAAAUGAGGAAGAUAACCUUUCUGGUUCAGCUGUCAAAGAAAUGCAGAUUGAUCCCGACACUCGGGCUUGUGAUACUGUUGAAAAGGAUUCUGUCAGUUUAAGUGAGAAUACAUUAGAUGGAAAAUUAGAUGAAACUGGCUCAAAUGAAAAUACUUUGGGGUCCGAUAUAACCAAUUCUUUCAGCGAUCUGUUGAUGAGCAAAUGGAGUGAAAUGGAUCUAGAACGACCACCUAUGGAAAAACAGCAGCCUGAUCUCACCGGAGAUGCAGUUUAUUUGUCUACGACUGUCAACCCAACCAGAACAAGUGCCAAAGACUCAUCACACAGUAGCAGGAAUUCAUGCAGCAAUAAAAAAGAUAUACUGUCAAAAUUAAAGCGUAUAUGCUUAGGUUCUGUAACUAGCAAUCAGGUUACUUCCAGUUCUGAAAUUGUGUUGUCUCAUGAUAAAAACGGCAUCAACAGCAGCGUCACAAAAGAACUAAAUGAAGUUAUAGAUGGGACAAAAAAUGAACUUCCACUUGAAGACGAAAGCACUUUGGAGAGUUGUGAUGAUGUAGGAGAAGAGACUACGAUAGAGAAUCCAUCACAAGAAGAAUCAGCCAUUACUUCUGUAAAUGCUGGGGAACUGGAAUCUCUCGAAGGAGUGAUGCCUCCUCAAGAAGAUUCCUUGAUAUUACCAUCUCUGGAAGAUGUGUCUGACAGCAUUGAGCAGGAUGCAUCUCCAGAGCGGCCUGAUAUUUGUUUCAUAGUGAAUACAGGGAGUAUAAGUAAAGAGCAGUAUGAUCGCUGGUCUGAAACGUCUGAUGACGAUAUUGAGUAUAUACGUUCAUAUAAAGAACCUCUGCUAGAUCAAGAAUAUUCCCAAAAAGAAACUCACCAGUCUCUUGAAUUCCUGGACAACGUAAAAUGUUCUCAGGAUCAAACUACCACAAUUAGGAUCGAAAAAAUCUCUAAAAAGCAGCCUGGUUUUAAUAGUGGUUUAUAUGAAACAGAUGCAUUUUUCUCAAGUCCUCUCCAAGAUGGUGAAUACAACAGCAGUACAAACCAUGAAAAUGUUACUGUAACUAGAAAUAUUAAAGAAGCUGAUAGGGCUUUACAUACAAUCAACAAGGAGACUUCUAGGUCUGACCUGAACCACAUCUUCUCCGAUAGAAGAAUGGGGUCAGAUGACCUUACUCGAAACACUCUUGACAUGGAAAAUGUACGUUUCAUGUGUAAGAUGAAGGAGAUUUUACGAAAGUCCUCAACAAAUAAGCACAUUUAUGGACCUCCUUUUCAGACAGUGUUUGAGUCCAGGAGAAUUCCCAGCUGUUCACGCUUUACCACAAAGUCUGGAAGCCCUCUACGUAUUACUGUGCAGUGCCCAUACCGCAGGACGGACUUUAGAAGGCAUGACAGCUGGCAUCCGAACCCUUAUAAUAGUUCUCCUUACUAUGGGGAUGAAUUAUGGGACAGACCUGUUACUUAUUCUAGGACUAUAAGAAAAGUUAGAACUCCUAGAUAUUCUUCUUUUCAUUUAAAUCAGUUAAGGUAUGAAAAUACAUUGGACAAAUCCCCUACUGAGAUUUCUGGCAUUCUUAAUGAGUGUGUACAAUCCAAUCACGUUAAGUUGAGUAGCGUAGGCCUGGGUAGCACUGUAGUAGAUAGGACUUCAGCCAUUCAGCUGCCAGAGGAAGAUGGCUGGCAGACGAGAAGGAAAUGUGUACCAGUCUCCUCCAAAUCCAAGGCUGUUAAGACUGUUAUAUCCGAUCUAUGUACAAGCCUACGUUCAAGGUUACAGAGUGUUGCAAGAGCACCUGAGCAAAAGAUUUAUUUUUAUAUUUAUGAGACUGAUGAUGAAGAUUUCAUCUCCUCGACUAAGAGCUUACUAGUAAAGGACGGUCUUAUUUCCACUAAUCCACGGGACUUUUUGAGCAGUGAACAUUCGGAGUCUCAUCAGCUUUUAGUCAUUAUAAAAAAUGAGGAUGUGUUUUCCUGUAUAAACAAGAUUCCUUAUUUGAGACAACUAAAGCUGCUUCCUAAUGUAAUCUUUGCUGGUGUGGACACCCCAGAGGAUAUGAUUGAGUCUUCAUAUGAGGAGCUCUUCAAAGCUGGUGGCUUUGUGGCUUCAGAUAAAAGUUUAUUGGAAAAUAUAACGCUAGGAAAGCUAAAGGAUGUUCUUGUCGUUUUGGAGAAGAUGAACAGAACCUCUCCUUGGAAGUGGCUUAUUCAUUACAGAGAGAAUCGGAAGCUUAAAGAAAAUAAAAGGGCUGAGGCUCAAUUUCAGACAAAGAUGUCUCUGCUUAAAUCUUACCAACAAUCAAACUUUAUUGAAAUCCUGCCUUAUCACCAAUGUGACUCCAGAUCUAAAGAACCAUCAAAUGAUCUUUCAUGUCUCCUAAACCUCCAGUACCAACAUAUCCAUUCUAGACUUGCUGUCUAUUUAACAG